UGUUGGUUGAUAUAAGACGUCGCCAAGUGAACUUGAGCUACCGAGUUUUUUGUUUCUUCGGGUUCACGACUUUUUAUUUGGUGAAAAUGUGAUGUGCGAAAAAUAAUUAUUAGUUUUAAAGUUCGUAUGCAUAUACACAUGUGAUGAAAUAAAAUUUGAAAUAAUAACGGUGUCGUGUGUGAAGUAUGUGUGUCACGAGUAGUCAACUUGUGUGAUGUUUGUAUAAACAUAAGUUUGGAUACAUAUGUAUAUUAUUGAUUAAAUCUACGCAAAUUAAGUCCAAUCAAUAAAACGAAAAAAAUUGUGAGAAAUAUACAAUCUCUGUCGAAUAUACUUACAUUAUAUACAGUGCUUUAAUGAAAACGUACUGAAUCAUACUUCCUAUAAAUGAGUAUUAAUAAACAUGACCUGCAUAUCAAAAGAAGCAACAAAAACAUAUCAAAAAAUAUUUAUCUAAAUCUAAAUAAAGAAAUGUCGUCAUUACUGCAAGCAACCUUUUAUAAAACCGGGCCAAAGAAAAGCUUUCGUACGGAUAUUGUUGAUAAGAAAUCAUAAUAGAUUAAAUGACAAAGGAUAUUUCACACUCAAAUAGAAAAUUACUAACAUAUCAAAACCGAAAUCGAGGUGAUAAAUAAAUGAUGUUUCGAAAAAUCGAUGUCGACGUAAAGUAGUAACUAAAAAUACAGCAUUAUUUAUUGUCUUCGCCUUCACUUUAUGCUAAUCCGAUCAAUGAACUCAAUUCAAAGCUUUUGCUUAAUGACUAUGAUAUAUAGAUUUUUCCUGGCUUUUAUUUAUUUAACCCAGGCACACAAAUUGUAAACGACAAAGGCCAUCAGAGGACUCGUCUCAGUUUGCAAUUAGAUUUUAUUUAUUUUUCUGUUUUUUGAGCGAAAGUUAUGAGUGGUAUGGUAUGACUGUGAAAACAGUCAGAACAAUAUAACAAUCAGAUUAAAUAAUGUUUUUACAAUAAAUACAAUAAAUGUUCCGAAAACAUUUUAUGUCCCUCCAUGCUAUUUCGAAAGGACAAGGAACUAUGGCGUUAUGCGUCAAAAAACCUGUCAAGAGAUUUCGAUGGGAUGAACAAUCAUUCACAACAGCCACCUCCCCAUCAACAUCAACACCUCUUUCAAACGGAUCUUCAAUACCAGAACUUGCAGCAAUACCAGAAUUCAUUUUGUCAUACUAUGAUAACAUCAAACACGCUAACAUCCAACAUCGAAUAUUUUGGUUCGUUUACGGAAGUAAGCUACGAACAGAAAGCGAACGAUUCCGAAAGUGGAUGUACUUGUGGAAACGAUUGCGACGCUUUCACUGUCGUUACAAACGAAGAGGGACAAGCUCAAAACCAGACACACCUCAGGCGCUCAUUGGAUUACUUACCCAGAUUAUCCCAUUGUUCCCUCCAAUCGAACCUGAUGAACCAGUUGAAUCCAACUAUAUCGAUAACGAAUGUAACAACGGCUGCUUCAAAUACAAAUACGGGAACAUUUUCGGCGACAGUAAAUAUGCUGCGAAAUUGUUGUGGAGUCAGCGGUCUGCCUACAGAUUAUCCCUCAAUCAAUUCGAUUUCCCAUCAAAACGAAAAACCAGAUAUAGGCCAACAAGCAGUAGAUGGAAAACAAUUACAAAAGUCUCAACACACCUUUCGAAAGUUUAUGAAAAUGCUGAAUCGGCAACAACAAGGGGAAUUAUUGGAUUCAGUCAGAUGUCGAAAAGAAAUGUCUGCUUCACACGAUACCAAAUGUAUUUUAUUAAAACGAUCCUUAAUUUACAAAGAAGAGCCACAUGUGAUUUGUUGCCGAUUAUUCCUCUGGCCAAAUUUGAGAGAUGCAACAGAGCUGAAACGUUUGCCAAUCUGCACAGCCGACAGACACUCUAUUUAUGUUUGUUGCAAUCCUUUACAUUGGUGUCGGGUCCUCGAAACAGAUACUGCUCCGCCGCCUUACCAGGAAAUAGAGAGAUCGAAAUUCGAAGAAGAAGACUGCGCCAAAAUAUUAAGCAAUACUAACUUUUCGACCAAAAAAAUCACAAUCACUGAUGUUAAAGAUCAAAACUCUUGGUGCCAGGUAGCAUACUGGGAGCUAAAUGAACGCGUUGGAAAUCGUUGUUCUGUUCAUAAACCUUUUGUGAACAUUUAUGCAGAUGGAAGGGGAAAUAAUAACGACAGUCAGGAUUUUUGUUUAAGAGAUUUGACUGCAGAUAAGACCACACCACCUCGAGAGGAUGUUGAAUGUACUCGACAAAAAAUUGGUUUUGGUCUUAUAUUAAGUCAAGAGCCAGAUGGAAUUUGGCUUUACAACCGCUCUAUGGCCCCCGUUUUUAUUUUAUCACCAACCUUGAAUGAAAGCUUGUCAUGCGUUUAUAAGGUGACACCAGGAGAUUGCCUUAAAGCUUUCGAUAUUAAUAGGGCUCAAUCGCUGAUUUGUUCUUCACAAUUUCCUGGCGCAGAACUGGGUCCAGUAAAUACGCGAAGUAUCUGCAUUAGUUUCGUUAAAGGUUGGGGUAAACACUACAAACGGCAAAAUAUUAUGAAAUGCCCUUGCUGGCUUGAAAUAUUUUUUACACAGCGGUGACAUCCUAUUGCUACUAAAUUUAAAAUCAAAAAUUACAGAAAUUUCAGAUUAAUCUUAAAUAAGUACGAACCCUUUAUUAAAAAAACGAAGUCGAACACCGUUACACAACAAAUAUAUCAUAAUAUAGUCAAUUUAUCUGCUAUUGCCUAUUUUCGUCAGUGUCGCAAUUACGAAUUAUGGAAUGAUCUAGCUGUUGCAAGGCAUACGUACUGGACAUGCGUAUGCAAUACAUUUAAAUGGAGAACAUUGUCAUAUACUUGGAAUUAAUUAAGGCAAGCCACGAAAAAAUUAAGAUAGGAAAGUCCUGUGAUUAAAAUACUUACGAUAGUUAGGAAUUAUUAUUAUUUGAGUAUGUUUUAUAUUUUAGUAAACUGCAUCUGAAAUGAAAGUAACAUAAGUUAUCGAAAAUAACGCGAGCGUUGAUCGCUUUUAGUGCCUAAUUAAAAUUGAUGCAGACUAAACUUAAGCAAGAAUAGUGUUCGAAAUUGUACAUGUGUAUACGUACAUAUUUACUAUUUAAAUUCUAUCUUUAUAGCACAUACAUACAACCAUAGAAACAUACAUAUAAUAUAUAGUAUAUAUAUAUAUAUAUAUAAAUUGCUUGUUUUAAUCAGCAUAAGUAGUAAAGGAGGACAAAAGUAGAAAAAAAAAUUUGCCUGAGGCAGUUUCAAUAAGAGAUAUAAAGAUAAAAGCAAAGACUUAAUUGUUUAUAUUUAGACAAAUCACAUACCUGCUUACUUACUUAAGUUUAUACAUUAUUUUGUAUGCGCAUAUUGCACGUACAUUUAUAUAUUAUUAAUAAAUACAUAUGGAUGUGUAUCCAGAACCAUUGGCAUACAUAUGCAUAAUACAGUAAGUUAACUUUUCUCACAGAGAUCAAAACUUAUAAUUUUGGUAUUUAUGUAUAUUAAAAUAAAAAAUUGUGGAAAGAUGUAUAUUGUUUUAUAUAUUUUAUUAUUAAGACUUUGCAACCACCAAAUUUUACAGAGGCUCACAAUCAAAUGAGAUAUGGUAUUAUAUUGGACCUGUAAAUGAAAGGUACUUAUGUGGCAACGCACAGUUUUAGAUGAAAAUUUGCCUUUUUAUGUUAGAUUAUAUAGCCGACUUUGCAAUUUGUGGAAACUUCUGACUUUUUAUUGUAAGUACGGUUCAAUUUGCGAGACAUCUUAAGAGUAUCCUUUUCAAAUAGUAAUGUGGGCUAAAUAGGCAAUAUAAAUAUCUGUUACUGUAGUUGACGUUAUAUAAUAUAUGGCUGUUAACACCUAAGUUAUCUGAACAUAUUAACUUGAACAAACUGCAGUUAACUGAAGAUAUAUAUUGAUAUAGGAUGCGUUCGUGAAGGCAACUACGAUAGCAGUGUAGCAAAGUAAUGUCUCACGUUCUAUGUAUAGCCAAUUUUUAGACGCAAUAUAUGCAAAAAUCGGUGUUCGGAGCAGCUCCUUUCACGAUGGAACUACCAAUAAUGAGUAGCAUUAAUCUUAAGUUAUUAUUUAUACUUAAAUUAACUAAAUUUAUACGCACACAUAUGUAUAUUCCACCCACUGUGGUGAGAAAACAUUGUAAAUAUUUAAUAUUAAUUGUUAUCUGGUCACUCUAAUUUUGCAUAUCCACCGCAGCAUUACUCGUUAUUCUAAUUCCUCAUUUCCCUUUAUCCCUUAUUUUAUUUAUACAUACAUACAUCUGAGAACAAUUAAGCUUAGCUUUGCCUAAGCCUAGCAUCAUAGUUAGUUCGCUUUUUACAUUCGAUUCCUGCACACGCAUUAUUUUCUAGUUAGUUUCUUAUAUUCGCUACCUGCAGACUCAUUUAUUUGCAUUUCACCUUUUAAACCACCAGCCACGUAACUUUCCACUCGUUGUAUUGUAUAUAUUAAUAAAUACUUUUGAAAAUAUA